CAAUGAACAAAUUAUCAAAGUAUCGUCAAAUUAUCCCAAUAUCCUUCUCAAUUCCCUAAUCUCUAUUCUAGUCUUCUCCUAAUUUAAAAUAUCUUUUUCUCAAUCCCGAAUUCAAUCACCUCUACCCUUCAUCCAUUCAUCAGAUGGUACGAGAGCAAUUUCCUUCCUUGUAAUCGUUCGAGGUAGCUGUCAAGUGCUUCAUGGCAUGACUUCAAGAUCAAUCUGACUUGUAUCAUCGGCAGCUUCAAGAGAUGGAUGAAAAGAGGUCUCAUCGGUUGGAACAAACGAAGGAGUCAGAGUCGGGAGAACUCGGCGACAACACGAUACUCUUGGCUGCGGCGAGCGGUCUCGCAUUGGAGGGGGUACAGGUGGCUGGGACAAUGCAAUUCCAAGCAGAAGUCAGCGGAAGAUCAGUCCUGUUGCUAGGUUCCAGACCCACUACGACCCGAUCCUCACAACCCUUCAACGCGAAGGCGGAAAGUGGAGGUCUUGUGGCGUCUGAGCCACCAGCUGCUAUGGAGAUGAUGACCAACAACGAGUCAAAGAAGAAGAGCGUGACGGGCGAUCCACAACCACCACGGGACAGGGAUUCACCAAUGGUAGUAUCAGUAAAUCCUUUGACUAGCAUCGCCUCAUCAAAUGACCUCGACAAGGAAGGCCUGAUGGUAGAGUUCUGCAACAAACCGGGACAAUUCCAAGUGGUUGUAAAACCAAUUGUCUAUACUGCGUUAGGACCGUCACCGCAGAGUGUCGGCGUUCUUGUCCCACCUGCGACUACCGAGAGUGGCACGAAGGCUUUGACCAAUAAAACCGGAUCCGCCGUGGAAACAACCUUCACUCCAUCCUCCCCCGACGAGUCGUGAGUCUUCAACAAUAACACCUAUCCCUCCAAGCUAUGAGAAAAGAAUGAAAAAAACGACGAGAGCAAUGUUCCCUCAAGAAUUUGGCAUGGAGGAUCAGAAGGUACAAAGCUUGAUUUUAAUUGCUAGCGUUGUUUCAUGAAAGUUUAAGAAGAAUCAAAGUGUGCAAUCGUGUGCUCGAAAGAGUAAAUAUUGGAGAAUGUA